AUAUUACACUGUCGAAUUCGGUGCCGGUGGCUCUAGCACCACCCUUAAGAGGGGGACAAGCCCACUCCCAGAGCUCGAUAGCACAACAAAUCGUGGUGAUUGUGGCGUGGAACCAAAACAGCCAUAGAAUAAAUACCACUGCAUUUCCUCCACCCUCACUCUUUAAUAGCUCUGUCCUCCGGGGCUAGUGAUAAUCCCUUAUUGCAAGCAGAAAGCCUUGCCUUUGUUCUUUUCGCUGAUGGCACAGAUUGCUUUAACUACUUCAGCUGCGCUCUUUCCCUUCAAUCGUGGAGCAAAGCAAUGGACUAAUCUAUUUCCCAGGUUCUCGAAAAGAUACGGGACCAACAUCUCGUUAUUCAUGAGUUAUCGGAAGAAAGGAGUUAGAUUUGUGGCUUCGGAUGCGACAGGGAGGAAUGGAGGUGUUCCGGAGAUAUCUGACGGUGAAACAGCUCCGCGGUCUUAUGUAUGGCCAGAUAAGAAGAAGCCUAGGGUGUGUAUACUAGGUGGUGGAUUUGGAGGCUUAUAUACUGCCUUGAGACUAGAAUCACUUGUAUGGCCUGAUGACAAAAAACCUCAGGUGCUUCUGGUUGACCAGUCUGAACGAUUUGUUUUUAAGCCAAUGUUGUAUGAGCUUCUAUCUGGAGAAGUGGAUGCAUGGGAAAUUGCUCCUCGUUUCUUGGAUUUGCUGGCAAAUACAAGUGUGCAGUUUUUCCAAGACAGGGUAAAGCUGUUACAUCCGUAUGAUCAUUUUAGAAUGAAUGGGCCCUCUGGAUCUAGUUUUGGAGGAACUGUGCUUCUUGAAAGUGGUCUCCUUAUUGAAUAUGACUGGCUGGUUCUUGCUUUGGGAGCUGAAUCUAAACUUGAUGUUGUACCAGGAGCAUCAGAAUUUGCAUUGCCAUUCUCCAACCUGGAGGAUGCACGCAAGGUUGACAGUAAGUUAAGAAGACUGGAGAGGAGGAACUUUGGUAAGUUCUCUCCAAUUCGUGUAGCUGUUGUUGGUUGUGGUUACUCUGGAGUGGAGUUAGCAGCCACAGUAGCGGAGAGGCUGCAGAGUAGAGGAAUUGUGCAAGCAAUCAAUGUGGAAACCACAAUAUGCCCAACUGCCCCUGGAAAUAGGGAAGCUGCUUUGAAAGUUCUUUCUUCCAGGGAAGUUCAACUGCUAUUGGGUUAUUUUGUCCGCUGUAUUCGGAGAGUGGACAAUGUGGAAGCUUCAGAAAAUAUGACUGGAAGUGGAGCAGUUCCUGGCAUUGCUGCUGAACAUGAUCAUGAGAUAUAUACAUUGGAACUUCAACCUGCUCAAAGGGGAUUACAGAGUCAAAUCCUGGAGGCAGAUUUAGUAUUAUGGACCGUUGGAUCUAAACCUCCUCUUCCUCAGCUGGAACCCCAUGAUAAACCCCAUGAGCUUCCCCUAAAUGGCCGGGGACAGGCAGAAACAGAUGAAACUCUUCGUGUUAAGGGCCAUCCUCGCAUAUUUGCCCUUGGUGACUCUUCUUCUUUAAGGGACUCAAAUGGAAAGCUUCUUCCAGCCACAGCACAGGUUGCAUUUCAGCAAGCAGACUUUACUGGGUGGAAUCUGUGGGCAGCAAUCAAUGACCGUCCUCUUUUGCCAUUUAGGUUUCAGAAUUUGGGUGAGAUGAUGACUCUGGGGAGAAAUGAUGCUGCUAUUUCACCAAGUUUCAUAGAGGGGCUUACCUUAGAAGGUCCUAUAGGUCAUACUGCAAGGAAAAUAGCAUACUUGAUCAGAUUACCAACAGAUGAGCAUAGGCUUAAAGUGGGACUCAGCUGGCUUACAAAAUCUGCUAUAGAAUCAGUUGCCUCGCUACAAAACAAUCUAACAAAGGUUCUCUCCGGCUCAUAGACCAGAAUGUUGUCCAUCUCUUUCUGGUUGUACAGUAUAUUUUUGGUUUGUUACAUGACUUAUAAAACUACAUAUUUCCCGGAUAAGAUGGGAUUCAAAUGUUUUAUGGCUGGGAUACUAUCUCUGCCUGGCAGCAGUACUGGAGCAUAAAUUUGACCGAUUUUCUUAUAUCAA